CUGGCUUUAGAACGUUUACUAUGCGCGUUUAGUGUGCGCCGUAAUCUUCGCGUUGUCCAGAUUCUUUGUACCAUUCCUGGCAUACCACAAACAGACAAACUCUUCGUAUUAACGGACCAAAAUCCGUCCUAAUUAACGUGAAAGUUGCCGUAGAGGCUCCAGUUUUCGAAUUUGGUAAGUGCAUCAGAUCGUUUUCCCGGGAUGAUGCCUGCUCAGUUCUAGUCGACGGAGCGGCUGAGGUUCACUAAAAAUUAAAGGGGGUUAUGUGCACAUUUGUACCGUCGGAGUACAUAAUGGCCAAAGGUGACGUAAUUAAGGUUAAUGGCAGCGUUGUCACCCCAGGCACCAUUUCCUCACCGUGGACGCCGGUAACCGGCCCGCCGACCGAUUCCAAUGGGGCGGGUCCGGAUACGAAGAAUUUGGACGUCGGAGACAUCAGCGAUGACGAAAAGGAUAUGGCGGCGGCCGACGCCGAAGGGGUUUGGAGUCCGGACAUUGAACAGAGUUUUCAAGAGGCGUUAGCCAUUUACCCGCCCUGCGGGCGCCGAAAAAUUAUAUUAUCAGACGAAGGCAAAAUGUACGGUCGUAACGAGCUGAUAGCAAGGUAUAUUAAGCUAAGGACGGGGAAGACGAGAACGAGAAAACAGGUCAGCUCGCACAUACAAGUCUUAGCCAGACGAAAAUUAAGGGAGAUACAAGCCAAACUUAAAGUCGAUCAUGCCGCGAAGGAGAAGGCGCUCCAAACGAUGUCGAGCAUGUCUAGCGCGCAGAUAGUAUCCGCGACUGCAAUGCACAGCAAGUCGGCGGGCUUGGGCAUCGGCCUAACCACCCCCGUCUCCUAUCCGGGAGCGCAAUUUUGGCAACCCGGUCUCCAGCCUGGAACGUCGCAAGAUGUGAAGCCGUUUGCCCAAGCAGCCUAUUCUACCGGAAAACCGGCGACGGCCGUAUCGGCCGGUGAAGUAGGACCGCUGCAAGCAGCGCCGCCUCCAGUUUGGGAAGGGAGAGCGAUAGCGACUCACAAACUGAGGCUCGUGGAGUUUUCGGCGUUUAUGGAAUCCCAGAGCAGGGAGGAGACAUAUCAGAAACACUUAUUCGUACAUAUAGGAGGUCCUGCGUUGUCCUACACCGACCCUCUGCUGGAGGCGGUGGACGUCCGACAGAUAUACGACAAAUUUCCCGAGAAAAAAGGCGGUCUCAAGGAGCUUUACGACAAAGGACCUCAGAACGCCUUCUUUCUGGUCAAAUUUUGGGCCGACCUCAAUUCAAAUAUUCAAGACGAAGCUGGAGCCUUCUAUGGAGUCACCAGUUCGUACGAGAGCAAUGAGAACAUGACCAUCACGUGUUCGACGAAGGUCUGUUCGUUUGGAAAACAGGUGGUGGAGAAAGUUGAAACGGAAUACGCGAGGUACGAGAACGGCAGGUUCGUUUACAGAAUACACAGGAGUCCCAUGUGCGAGUACAUGAUCAACUUCAUCCACAAACUCAAACACCUGCCCGAAAAGUACAUGAUGAACAGCGUGCUUGAGAAUUUUACCAUCUUGCAGGUGGUAAGCAAUCGAGACACGCAGGAGACGCUGCUGUGCACGGCGUACGUGUUCGAAGUGUCAACGUCGGAGCACGGCGCGCAGCACCACAUCUACAGGUUAGUGAAAGACUAGCGAGAGGGCGCCCGCGUCGUCGUGUUUAUACCCCCUCACUUCAGUGCCUACACCACCACAAUACUAGUAUUAAUUGGUCCCGCAGCGUGUGCGACCGGAUAAUUUUAAUGCGAAAUUGCCAUUUGAUAUGUAUCGUUCAACAAUAAUAAACGGCAGCCGUAAUUUUUGAGGUGAGUCGUCGCAUCCGGGUGCGGCGGUUUCGAUCGAAAAAAAAAAACCUUAUUUGCUGGUUAAGAAAAAAUUGCUCGCCUCUCCAAUCGAGUGUAAAACAAGUCGGGUUGCCCAUUUUUUUCGUAUUGGACUAUAUCGACCUUCAAUAAUCAUAGAAAAGUAUAUUUGUUUGUUUUUUUUUCGAUUAUAGUUUUAUUUUAUUGAGACGUACUUUUUAGCUUUUAGUUGUUUUUUUUUGUUUUCUGACGCGCGCAAUAUCAAUUAUUUUCAGUUGUACUUAUUAUGUUAUUUGAAGAUGUCUGUGGGAAAACGACGAGGUUUUACUUUGCCAAAUGUCGACAAAAACGGAAUCAUAAAAUUUUAAACAUAUUGCAUAUUGUUUACUCCCACUUUUUGCGACGAAACUGCCAAUAAUGUGUGCAAUUUCGAAAAGUGUAUAACAUUCAGGCCUCUGCUUUGUUCUUUCACACUUUCAGUAGUAUAUUGACAACACAAUGACGUGGUAAGCAAUCAUGUCUAACCAUUGACAUUUAUCUAUAUAUCUGUCCUAUUAACAUUUUGAGGAUGUAACUUGGGAGGUUGUUUCUCAAGGACAAAGCGCAUCCGACUAUAGUUUUAGUGAUUUUUAUGGUCAACAGAUGGCGUUGAAAAGACAAUUUCGGAUAAAUAGUUAAGCUUCGUCGUUUUUGCACUGGACCCCCGUUUUUUUUGGCUGAUUAGGAAUUUGAUUCUGGGAACGUGCGCACUCUAAUACGAUAGCGUAAAAAUUAGUAGGUGUACUGGACAUGUCUACUGAAUCGGUUGCGUUUUUUUUUUUAUAUCAUGACAAGAGACGUGGGCAUUUUACUCCCAAAAUGCGCGAGUAAAACAACUAUUGCAAUACGCGAGAGCGGUUCGAAAUUUGAUAGCGAAAUUUUUAUUUAUUGUAAAUUUUUAAUUACGUAUACUUUCCCGUCAAAUAAUGAACCGAGCUUUCGGAAUCGCCGGGGCAGAGAGUUUAUCUAGGUUUAACGUUACAAUAUAGGUAAUAAGAGUUUGCUAUUUGUGAUGAUAAUUUUUAACACUGUGUAUAGAAAUAAUUAUAGAUUUUUAUCUGAUUUUUUCUAGGAUAUCGAACGAAAGACCCAGUAUUUAAUUCUUUUUUAUUUCUGAAAGACGCAUAUUUACCGGAAUUCUUUCGCUACUCAUUUUCGAAAAUUUGUUAUGAGAUUAUUUUAAUUUUAUUUUUUGUUAAUUUACUGCGUCCAUUGCCGGUCGACGGUCAUUUAUAGAUAUCCGCGGCGCUGAAUGGAACACAAUUUCACAUAAGUAGUUAUAAAUUUUUUAUAUUAUUUUUUUUUAUUUAAAAAUAAAAUUUAUAAAGGCAAAACGAAAUAAUUGAUUUGUCUUUAAUUUUACGAUAUAUGGUUCCAUUAAGUUCCGUUGAGCGUUUUUGCAAAUGGCUACUAAAUUCCAACGUCAGCGUUUUCGGGCUCUGACGUCAUUAUUUUGCAGUCGGAUCUAUAACUUGCAACGUGCAAUUUGAAAUGUUUACACUAUUUUUAUUUUGACUUUCAAGUAACGUAUGUUUCACCUUGUAAACUAUAAGUGGCAAUGAUUUUGAUCUCUUAUUUAGUGUUUGGAAGUUGUGUUUAAUAAUUAUAUUUUACAUAGAAUUUUUCGGUAGCUUUGUAAUUCACGUUUCGAUCAUUUUUGAACUGACACACGUGGACCAAGUUUAUUUCCAGAGUUUUGCGCAAUAUUUUACACGGCUUUUCGUUUUCUUUGAAUAAUGUGGAAAUCGGCUUGGUCAGUAUACGUAGAAUAUCUUCCGUGAAGGUAUAUCCUUGUAACUUACGGCUAACCCUAGCGGCUGUAAACGAAAAAUUUAAAAACCGUUUAAGGACGUCGUAACGACGGCCAUCGGAAGGACGGAACUCAAUCUGAACAAUAAUGGUGACAAAAAAAAGUCUAUUUUAAAAAUUCACUUGGUGUCAGUCGUAUCAAAAGCAGAUUGUAUAUAUAUUUCUAUUUAAAUAAAAAGAAAAACUAAAAAAUCGAAACGAAAUGUGGCGGCUACAGACUAUUUUUAUUGUAAAAAGGACCGGUUAAUGAUAAUAAUAAAAAAUAUCUUCAUAAAAAAUGUGCUAUAUAUUGAGAUUUUUUGUCCAUAUCUCUAAAUGCCAUAUCAAAGGUUUAUAAAAUUUAUUGAAUUUUCCGCUCUGUAUGUUGUACAGUAUUUUAAAAAUCAUGUUUAUAAUUUGUAUGGAAAUUAUAUAAAACGAUAAUAAAAUAUUAA